CAGGAGGCAGGACCCAACCAACUUCCACACUCACCACAGGAAAAGUCGUGAAAACAAAUCUGUCCCCGCAUGUCGCUGUUUCUGGUGGCCUGCGUGUGUUUUUUUGUCCAGCUGUUGCUGUGAAUAUCAGCAGCGCAGCAGUUCGCCGGAGCGCUGGUGAAGUAGUUGCCGACACUUGGUCGCUGUAGGGCGGUGUAGUAGCGUUGUGACGCGCCGGCGGGACGGUUCGCUGCGAUGGGGAACAUGAAACGUUUCUAACCGGAUUUGGAAUUGUUUUUUUUUGUUUUUUUUUUUCUUUUCUUGGAUUAAUCCCUGUUAAACCCACACGGCUCGUUUUCCGUUGAUAUUCUCCUCUUGGUUCCCGUGGUAGUGCGGAGUAGGAAAUACUUUGAAAAUGCCUGGAAAAACCAAGUACAACCUCGUUGAUGAUGGUCAUGAUUUGAGGAUCCCAUUGCACAACGAGGAAGCUUUCCAGCAUGGGAUCAACUUCGAGGCAAAGUACAUCGGCAGUCUGGAUGUGACGCGGCCGAGCAGCCGAGUGGAGAUUGUGGCUGCGAUGAGAAGAAUACGGUAUGAGUUCAAGGUGAAAAACAUCAAGAAGAAAAAAGUCAACAUCGUGGUGUCUGUAGACGGCGUGAAAGUCAACUUGAGGAAGAAGAAAAAAAAGAAGGAGUGGACGUGGGAUGAGAGCAAGAUGAUGGUGAUGCAGGAUCCUAUUUACAGGAUAUUCUAUGUGUCUCAUGACUCCCAGGAUCUGAAGAUUUUCAGCUACAUAGCCAGAGAUGGACAGAGUAAUGUUUUCCGCUGCAAUGUCUUCAAGUCCAAGAAGAAGAGUCAGGCCAUGCGUAUUGUGCGGACAGUCGGCCAGGCGUUCGAGGUUUGUCAUAAACUCAGUCUGCAGCACACACAGCAGAAUGCAGAUGGACAGGAGGACUGCCACAGCGAAAAGAAUGGCAACGACUCCUCUGUCCCAGCUCGAGAGCUAACGGGCGUUGAGAAGACGGCAUCUGUCACAGAGGAGACGGAUAUCGAUGCGGAGGAGGUGAUCCAGGUGCCGGCAGCAGAGGAGUUAAACCUCAAUAGGGGAGUGACUGAUCUGGACGCCACGGCCAAGACACCAGACCUGAACCACUCAGAGAGCAAGGCUUCAGAGGAGACCUCUUUGCUGAUGUCCAGCCCCAGGAUGCUGCUCCCUGCAUCAGGCUCACUGCCACCAGGUGCCCCCCUGUCUGUUCACCACCAGAUACAGCUGCUCCAACAGCAGCUCCAGCAGCAACAGCAGCAGACACAAGUGGCUGUGGCACAGGUCCACCUGUUGAAGGACCAGCUGAGUGCAGAGGCCACGGCUCGGCUGGAGGCCCAGGCUCGAGUCCACCAGCUGCUGCUGCAGAACAAAGACCUGCUGCAGCACAUCUCCCUGCUGGUUAAACAGAUCCAGGAGCUUGAGACCAAGAUGUCUGGACCCAACUCCAUGGGCUCUCAGGACAGUUUGUUGGAGAUCACCUUCCGAUCGACAGUAACUUCAGUGAUCUGCGACCCUACAACACCUAAACCCGAGAUGUCUGCCCUCAACCUGCCCACGCUUGGCAGCACUGACGGGACCAGCAACGCCUUCUCGUCUUCGAAUGGGACUCUGGGAAGCCCCCUAGUUGAUCAAAGUAUGUUUGAGAACUCCACUGCCCAGCAGCAGAGUCCUCAGACCUCUAGGUCAGGCCAGCCCUCGGCCCGACGCUCCCUAGCUUCACCGAAUUCUAACGUGGGGUCAAGCUCCAUCGACUCUCCGUCCUCUGGAAGCCAACAGAGGCUUAAAAACGCCAUUAAUCUGGGCAAGGCGGUCGGUGCAAAGGUCAAUGACUUGUUAAGAAGAAAGGAGUCCAGCCACCUCGGGGACAUUGGGGUCACUGAGGUCAACAAGAACGUUGGUGCCGUAUGGAGCUGCAUGGACCAACUCAACCACACCACUGCUAACAGUCACAUCGCCUCCUUCGACUCCUUCCCUCGGCUGGACCCGCCACCCCCAUCAGGGAAGAAGCGUCUCCCUCGGGCGCUGAAGACCACCCAGGACAUGAUGAUCUCCUCUGACCCCGUCGUCUCCUCUCCAGACACUGCUGACUCCUCCUUACUCUCUUCUCCUGACAAGACGCCCCUCAUCGCCAAGGAGGAGCUGAGGAGCAGCAAGGAGCAGCAGCGGGAAGAGAAGGAGGAGGCGGGGUCAGAGCAGAUCCCAGUGCCGCUGGAAGCAGCGGAGAAUAAAGUAGGAAGCAACGGCAAAGUUGAUGGAGUGACAGGUGGAGAAGAAGAUGAUGUGGAAAACGGGAGCACCGAAGGAGGCGGGGAGGAACAUCAGCUCCAGCUCUCUGUACCAGACCUCAUCAACAAAGAUCCCCCCCUGCUGGAGUCCAGAGCUAAGCCCUGCGACAUCUGGCAGAAGAUUCCAGGGCCAGACUCCCGGCUGGCCUCCACCCCCUGCUCGGGGAAAACUCCCUGCCGCAUCAGCCUGGGCGAGGAGGCCCUGCUGGGGAAUGGUGCCCCCUGCGGUAAAGGCACCGGAGUGAGUUCUGAAGACUUGGAGCACCACCCUGACCUGCUGUCGUUUGAGUAAUGAACAGAGCCGGGGUCAGAUAACAGUUCAGUAUGUCAAAAGUUUUGGAACUCUUUCUCUUAAUUUCGGCUCAAGAGGUAGUUCAAACAGACUGCUAUGAGUACUGCGGAUCAAAUAUUCACUACCCCUUUUAAAUACAUAAUUUGCUCUGCUCUAGGGUUUGCUUGAGGAGAAAGGGAACAAGUUCUUACAGAAACUUUUAUCAACGUUUUAGAUGUGUGGAUAAGUUUAAAGGUCACAGUAAUACAAUCUGACCCUCCAACAUGGUUGAUCAAGUCAGUCAGAAACUGCCAGCUUCUUCCCAAUGAUAUGAACACUAAGCUGACCAGCACAAGAUGAUGAAUAAGUAGCAGGAGAGAAAAUUAGUUGGAGGUGAGGAUUCGUUAUGGUGCGGAGAAUUCAGUUUUAACAUUUCAUCUACAAAACACAGAGCUGUUAAGGAAUAUAAUUUUAUCAAAGUGUACUUACAAUGUUUUAGCUUAAACAACAGGUUUAUAACAUGUCAUGUCUGCUUUAGGAAUGCAAUCAUCAGUAAUACUAGAUAAAGUAAUAAUUAAUGUAAUGAAAAAUCCCUUUAAAUGAAUUACUGCCAAGUGAAGAAAUAACUUCAUACUGAUGCGAACAUACAAAAAAUAACUUUGCACCAAAUUGUUUGGGUUGUACUUUUGCUCAUAAGUUAUUGUAGUAUCAAGUCAUUCAUAUCACUUCAUUUUUAAAACCAUUUAAAGGCACAUUUGUUUCAUGAUGGUCACACUGUAACAGUCCAUAUCAUACAAAGCUGCUACAAUGAAAUAUAGCAUUAUAUACAGUUAUAAAGCAAUAUAAUUUAAAUUCACUGUAAUUAGAAUAAGUAAGGUUUUGCAGAAUUUUCAUCGGUGAAAUAAUAUUUCCAGCAUGGAAAUUUCUAAUCUGACUGCAGACUCAGGUGGAGACAAUGGAAAUAAGAGAAAGAGGCUGAAUGAAUGUGGAUGUGUUGGAGAUGGAAAGGUGUGUGUGUGUGUGGGGGGGGGGGUGUUCACUUUCUGUUCAGUUGGUACAAAAUGUCAAGCAGCAGUUUCUGCCAGAGUCUGAUCAAGACUGAAAGCCUUUUGACCCUUAGCUUAAUCCAUAUUGCAUUAUUUAUGACCCUCUUUUAGACCAGUGGGAGCCCUGAAAGCGACCUUUUUUAAAAAGAAGAAAAAAUGUCUAAAAAGAAUAUAUAAAUAAACACAACCAAAUCAGUUCAAAAAACAGGUGUAAGUCAGAUUUUUUGAAGGACUCCAGCAUAAACAGCAGCUAUUUUGCUUUUGCGAAUUAUUUUUCCUAUCACGUUUUGUUGCUGGAAGAAUAAUCUGAUCUGUCUCCACCAGAUUCAGAGUUAAACAGUGCCCUCUGGCAGCAGGAGUGCCGGGGCAUACAUUGCAUGUGGAAAAACAGGUAAUUUGCUGUUCUAAUUCUUUAAAGGUUUGUAUUAGUUGUUGAUUUGAUUUGAUGACCAGCAGAAGCAAUAUUCAGCAGUUUGUGCGACCGGACUUGGGUUAUUAACAUGAGCACAUCUCUCGUCCAGGAUGAGAAUGGCUUCAAGGCUUUCUGGCUGCUGACAAUAAUUGUCUUCUAAACUGGCUGAACUAAAAGUGGAUUCUUAUUAACCCCCCCCCCAAAACCUGACAGAGAGUCGGGACGGACAUAUGGAUAGAUGGAAAGACGGGCGGCAUGCGGAGGGCGGGCUGGUGAAAAGUUGUUUUUGAGCAAAAGAGAGGCAAAAUAAUGAGCUGUCAACAGAAAGAGAUGAAAGAGGUGUAUUUUAUUCAAGCAGAUCACUAAGUGACAGACCAAAGACUCAAAUUAGCGGCUCAGUCAGACAGGUUGUUUUUGUCAUUUUGUGUAAUUGCUCUAAAAGUUUAUCUUCACUGAUAAGAUUUUAGUGAGCUGUCUGUGUUAAAAGAGAAGCGACCAGUCAUCCAGAAGUUAUUUUUCUCUUUUACUUUCCACUACUGAAAAAAAUGAAAACCAAAGUCAAAGUAGUUAAAACACUUAACUAGCAAUUAACAUCCUUGAUUUAAAUCUUCUGACUUUUCUGACUCACCAGAGAGAGACGUUGAAGUGUUGAGCAGGUUAAAGGUGAGUUAACAGUAGAUGUACUUUAGAUGUACGGUCACUCUGCUGCAACCUCAUCAAUAUGUCACUGUUGGAGCUGCAAUGGUGGUUUUAGCACAAUCAAAGUGAAAGUCUGUUUUAUAACACUAUUAUAUGAACUUCUGUAGAUCUGUGUGACUGGAUUAAGAUUCACUUUAGACACACAUGGAGAGCAAGCAUACAGAUUCAAAAUCCCGACCCUAAAAAUGACCCUGAGGACCUGAAGUGGCCUCUCUAAGUGACCUCCGUGUGCUUGCAGGUAUUUCCUAUACCUCAAAAUAUAAAAAUAAUUCCCAGAAGACAGUGAGACGGACACAGAGCCGGCUGUAAUUGCAGUCAGGUCGUGCCCAGCAGAAUGAGAGGAAUGUGGCGCUGGACACUGUUAGAGAAAGGAAGCUUUGUCUCUCUGUCUGUCUCCUGUCUCACUGUCUUUGUCUUGCAUACUACACAUGUCCUAAAAGAUCCCCAUUUAUUUUAAAGCUGUACCAAAAAAAAAAAGAUGUCCCCCACAAGCCAACCCAAAUUAUAAAAAUAAACAUUCCCAAGUAGUUUUAUCUUACAAACCGACUUUUCUAUAAACAGUUUUUGUGGAAACUGCUGUUGAGUGUUUUCAAAUGCCAUUUUUUUACUGCUUUGAGGAACACAAACAAACUGUAUCUCGGUAUCUGUAUUGAAGAGGCAGAUAUUUCAGUAGUAGAUGUUUCCAAAACAGUUUGCAUAGCUAGGAUUGUGACAUAAUUUUGACAUAAAAACAAAUUCUUUUAUGUUUUUGGUGCUUAAGUUGUGUUUUUGUGUUAUUAUUAAUUGAAUCUAAUCUAAUACCUUAAAGACCUUGUUUCAAAUUAUUUUGUUUGUAUUUCUGAUAACAUUAAACUGACUAAAUGUGCAACAAUGAAAGUUAAAGUUUAGGUGAAAAAACAUGAUUUAUAGUUAACACUAAAAGACUCGGCUGAUUCAUCAGGACUAUGUGGGUGCAGUUUGAUGAGAUCUGACUGACAGUGCUGGCAACACAACUGUCAUCACAUUUUGAUUAAAAUUUUGCUAAAUCCUGAUUGGUACAUGGAAAUAUUUGACAUUAUCUACCAAGAGAAGCACAGAGAGAAACGCAAAUAGAGAAAUCGCCCAUGUGAAAUAAAAAAAAAUAGUUUUGCAGAAAAUGUUGUGUUCGUGGUCUUAAAACUAAAGAAAGUGUUGUACCUUAUCAACUGUCUGUCUUCUGAAUCUGAAAUAGAUUUUAAGCGAUACUGAGGUUGUAUGUAAAAUGUAGGUGAUGAGGCGGUCUGUCACUCAGAACAAAGAUAAUUGCCACACACCUGGAUGAACCAGGUAUCCGAGAGGUUUUGACCGAACUGAACAAAACUAAACACACACGAUCAGACUGACAGCAGAUGCUUGUAUUAAGUCAGGAGAUGAAAGCAAUAAGAGACUGAAAGGUUGCUCAGAGGGCAUCAGACUGUCUGAGAUUCCUUGUUUUUUUUCUUUUAGAACCACAAAAGUAGAUAUAUUUUUUAUUUUCUGAUGAAGGAACAGUGAUGUAUAUUUUAUCUUUUUUACAAUAUCUGUGAAUAUGCAAAUUUGCUCUUGCUCUAACAAAUGAAGGAAAGUGAUUUAUUUUGAUUAUGGUAAUCUGUCUUAUUUAGCGUCCUCAGAUUUGGAUAAAAGAAGAAAUGAUCUUGCUUUCUGUUGUUACGUUGUUGUGUUUAUGACUUUGUAAAGCCAGCUGACAUAACUUCAGCAGCUGUGAUGAAUGAAGGGAGCUAAAUGCUGCACAUAAAGGCUUUUUGAAAACAAGGCAUGAAUGGACCGCUAGAGCAAACCUGUGACUCUCUUAGUAUAUCUGAAUUUUAAAUUUUUUAUGGGAUGAAAAUGUGCUACAGAAAUCAAAAAGAAUCGAUGAUUUUGCCCUUUUUUUGUUUUAUUUUCCUAAUGUAUCUUUUUUUCUGUGAGGAUGUAAUAACUCCUGCAAUGACUGUAAUCGUUUUUAAAAAUCUGGAAAUAGAUCUAACCAUGGCCUUGUU